AUGAGAAAUGAGAUAGAUCCCAAUGAAAAUGAGAUAUAUCAAUCCUUAGAAACAUUUGAAAAAAAACUGUUCGUUUUAAAGAAUAACCGGCAUGAGGUUCAAUUACCAUGGAAAAGAGAUUGGGGAGAGCUUAAUAAUAACUUCAUCGUUACAAAAAAGCGACUUAAUUUACUUAUGCGUAGACUUCAAAAAGAUACAAAUCUUCAUUUGCAGUAUAUUGAAACUUUAACGGACUAUGAAAAUAAGAAUAAUAUAGAGAAAGUUAGAUGUCCUAAGGAACCUGUUGAUAAGCCUGUGUUCUAUUUGCCACAUCAACUAGUUUUUAUAGAGAAAAGUGCAACUACAAAAAUAAGAAUAGUAUUUGAUGCAAGUCCAGUCAUAACUUUAAGCAUUUAA